CGGAAAUAUAUGGGACACAGCUCUGUAAACACGAGUCUUUUCUUACAGAAAUGAUGCGCAAAUAGCACUAUGCAAGAAACAUAAUUGAGUAGCUUCGAGACUGUACAAACUUUCAAACAGGGAUGCUGAUAAUCUUAUUACUUGAUUGUGUGGUCCUAUCAUAUACGAGUGAUGAUAUUAUCAACAAACAAUUCAUCGAACACAAGGAUACCUUUGAAAUAACAUGUGACAUAAGUAAAUACAAAGCUUCAGGAAACUCUCGUCCGGGAGCGUUCGUCAGUGAGCUGAAGGUGUCCAGAAUGGUUGGCAACGACUAUGACUACAAAGAUAUAGCGACUCUAAUACCAAACAUUAUAAUUAGCCCUGUGAAAAUAAGUAAUAUACCAGAAGGUCGACAGUGGAAAAUUGAGUACUCUGGAGGUUACGGUUCAACGAAUGCUAAUACCGUAAAGAUUACUAUCCAAGUUAAUGACGCCACGUGUUUCGAUGCAGGCUGGUAUCGGUGCUAUUUCCGUUUCAGUACGUCUCAAGAAGGGUCGUCAACCCUAUACGAACUGAAGUGGAAUGAAACUAUUGAUCAAGGUGCUAUCGAUAUGGACUCUAAAAGUGGACAUGGUCAAAUCUCGGUCGGAGAGUUGAUCACAUUGACAUGCACUGCUAAUGGACCGAGUUAUCUUCGGACAGUCUGGACAUACACCAAUAAGACUUCCUCCAAGGUACAAAGAUAUAAUACUAAAAACAAUAUCAUAGACUUCAACCCAACGAAAGCCUUCAAUUGUAAUGGGUGCAGGACUCAUUUCCAUAUGACAAGACUGAAAUUUAAUUUGGGCACAUCCGAUGACGGCACGACCUUUUACUGUUACGUCUUUAAAAAUGACACUCUGAAAAGCAAGGCUCACUUUAAAUUAGAGUCUAUAAAGUCUACAUAAUCAAAUAUUGGAAUUCCAAUACAAAAUUAGAUUUGUUUUGGCUUGUGUUGAAAUGGUAUAUAAAUGUACUUUUAUGCCCUAUUUUCCAGGAGUUGUUGUUCUUUAUUUUCUUAUUAGUCUUUUUUACGAGUUUUGUAAAUCCUGUUCAUUAUGUAAAUCCUGUAAAGUACGACCUACUAUAAGAUAUAUAAAAAAAAUUAA